UGGCAUUCCGGUCGGUGCCAGAGAGCGCAGAAGAUCCGGAAUGUACCCAGGGAGUCUGCCGGGAAUUACGGACCCUGCAGCAGUAGCUUAAGCCUGGGCCCAUCUUCUCAUUUCCCCACGUUCCCAAGCAUGGAGGAAGUAGGAAAAAAUCAGAAAAUUCCCCAGGAGGCAUGUAUGCACAGGACCUGAUGCCCCCCAUGACCAGACCCAGGAGUCCAGCUGCCACAAUGGCUUCUCCUGGCUCCGAGUUCAACACCAGAGCUACCAACACCUCUUGUGGACUUGAGUGGGAUGUCGGGGGGGGCCUGACAGAGACUCAGGUCAAACUUGAGUUUGUAGACAUAGAAGGGAGGGCUGGCAGUGGCCACAGGAAGAUCAGACCUGGCUCCCAAAAGGGGAGUGCGAAGGGUCUGUUCAUAAAAAGGAGGAGACCCCUUUCUCCCCGCAGUGGCUCCUUCAUCCCUUCACCUGGCCACGUGUUACUGGAAGAGCAGGAAGAAGGUGCCCUGGGCCUCCAAGUCUGCAGCGAGAAAAGAGCCCACUCCCCAGGGAGGCCUGAUCUUCACCUGCCUGCCCCCCAUGCAAAGUGCCAGGCCAGCCUGGGGCAGAAUAAGCUGAAGAGAGACUAUGGGUUCUGUGGCUUCAAACCUGUGCUUGGGCAGGAGCCCCUUGUGCAGCCUGAGAAGAAGGUGUCCAAGCAGAAGGCACGUGGACGGAGAGGGGUGGGGCAGCCGGCAGGAAGGAAGUCGAGGGACCCGGUGCUCAUUUCUGGCCCCGCUCCGUCUUCCCCGGAGCUGGCCCAGGCAACCAGCCUGGACAGGCCAGAGGCGGGCCAGCCUAGUGAGAAUAAGGAGGCGAGGCAAGCAGACAUCCUCAUAGCGCUUUUGCACAGAGAGGUGCGACGCCUCAAGAAGUGGAAGAAGAGGCAUUUGCUCCCCGGUGUAGGGGAGAAGUCACCCCUGCUGAGCCUCCAGAAGCCACCCUGCCUGAAGAAGAUGAUCAGAACUAUCACAGCAGAGACUCGGGGCUGGGCUUCUCCUGAGCAUUCCCCGCGGCCUCGUGACCCCACAGGUCAGAAACCCACGUUAGAUGUCAGAAGGUUCUUUACCAUCGACUGCAAGAACAGCUGCCAUGUCACCUGCACUCUGUGUCACGCCAGCAUCAGACAAGGCAAAGUUAAGGGGAAGUCCGAAACCUCACGCCUGGUCCGUCACUUGGAGAGUAAGCAUGGGCUGGAGUGGGAAAGAAGGCCAACUUCAGCCAGCCUAGGGGGCAAGGGAGGAGGGGGAGAGGAGGAAAAGCAGAAGGGCCUGCUCGCAGGUGCCACCAGCCUUGUCCAUGAGCGGCUCCUGGCACCAAUAUGCUGCCCAGAUGCCUCUCCCUCAGAAGAUAGUGAUGGGCGGCCGGCCCCGGGGAGGCAUAAGCAGCUGUUACUGGCUCCACCACCCCUGCCUACUCCCAUCAAAGACGAGCCUGCUGCUACCCCCAUGGCAGUCGGGGAGAGUCAAAGUGGCAAAUACGCUCCCAACCAGUCCCGCUCCCAGGCCUGGAACCAGAGCGUCGUGGAGUUAUUCUGCAGCCUGACUUUGCCACUGUCCUUUCUUUCGUCCCCACCCUUCAGACGGUUUAUGGCCCAGCUCGACCCUUGCUACCCCCUGCCGACUCCAGCCUUCUUCUCUGAUAAAGCCUUGCCUCUGCUUCACGAGGCGAUGGGGGAGCAGGUGCGUCAGGAGAUGGAGGGGGCCAAGGGUGGCUGCAUCCACCUCACCAUGUCCAUGGCAGCCCAGGAUGUGGUGCUGGAGGACUACGUGGCCGUCGCUGCCCACUGGGGAGUGAUACAGCCAGGUAGCCGGCAGGUAGUGUCGGGGAGCCUGAGGAAGUGCGCGGUGCUCUGGGUCCGAGGCCUGCCCCUGGAAAGCACUUCAGAGGACAGGCAGCAGGAGCUGCGGCAGCAGGUUGGCCUGUGGCUGGGUCAGGGCUCCCUGCGACCCGGCUUCCUGGUAUCGGGCGGCUGCCCCAGUCUGGAGCAGGCAGUGAGGCUGGAGGGCUACACGCAUGUCCCUUGCUUUGCCCACUGCCUCAACUCCCUGGUAAAAAACUUUCUGUGUCACCAUCAUAGUGUCCAGAUCAUCCUGGGCACAGCCAGGACCAUCUGUGGCCAUUUCCAGGGCUCAGCAGAGGCCCGGUGCCGACUCAGGCAGCUGCAGCUGCAGUUUGGCCUUCCGGCCCACCAGCCCUUUUGGGAGCUCUCAGACCACUGGGUCUCAGCCUACCGCCUGAUGGAGUGGCUGGUGGACCAGCAGCAGCCAUUGCAAGAGUAUGAGGAGAAACACCAGCUGGGGAAGGCUGGGAUGGCCCUGUCAGCCAUGUUCUGGAGCCUGACGGACAGUCUGGUCAAGCUCCUGCAGCCCUUCCAGGCGGUGGUCCGGGAGGCGAGCACGGCGCAGGCUUCCUUAAGCCAGGUGUUGCCCCAGCUGCGCUACCUGCAUAUCUUCCUGGAGCAGGUUCACAGGCACUUUGAGGAGCAGAGCGAUGGGGAGAUGGGUGCAGCUGUCCGGCUGGCGGAGGGCUUGGCCCUGCAGCUCUCCACAGACUGCCAGCUCAACGAGCUCUUCCACCGCGAGGAGUUCGUGCUGGCCACUCUACUGGACCCCCGCUUCAAGGGGCGGAUCGAGGCCAUUCUGCCGGUGGGGGCAGACAUUGACCACUGGAAGCAAGUUCUCGUGUACAAGGUGAAGGAGAUUAUGGUGUCUGAAUACUCCUUGCCCCCCUCACCCUCCCUGCAGAACCCCAAGGCUGUGUGUGUGGAUGCCACCUCCAGUGGCAGAAGAGCCAAGGGCCCUGGCACCGAGGGGAAGGGCCAGAAGGAGCCUGUGCAGAGAAGUGGCAGCUCUGGGCCCUCGCUGCUAGGCCAGAGGGAGAAGAGCUUGCUGGAGCAGCUUGAAAGUGUAGGGCUGCUGGCGUCCCAGAGGAGUGGAGCCUCACUUUCCACCGAGAACCACCUGGCCAGCGUCAUCGUCAAGAGGUACCUGCGUGAGAAUGAGACCGUCAGCGCCCAGGAGGACCCCCUGGCUUACUGGGAGAAGAAGCGGGAAGUCUGGCCAGCCCUGGCAAGACUGGCUACCAUCUAUCUGUCCUGCCCGGCUACCAGCGCCUUCUCUGGAAGUGUCUUUGCCUCCCUGGACAGCCCCACCAUUGCGGAGCACAGCUCCCCUCUCCCGGUGGAGACGGUUGAGCAUCUCCUCUUCUUGAAGACUAACCUGGAGAAUUUCCCCCACUACACGCCCCCACCCCUUAUCUUCCCCAGUGGAGACCUGGCCAAGGGGGAGCAGACCAGGGAGUCUGGCCCCACGGUCGGAUGCCCUCAAAACCUGCCUGGAGGAACUCUGCCGUAGAUGCAAGGAGAGCAGAGUGCUGCUGUGCCCAGCACGUCAGACAGGGACAGGCAGAAUUUUAAAUCUGCUUGGGAAGAAUGGGGACAGUUUCUCAAUUCUUGACAGGUUGCCUUUUUUUUUUUUUCAUGGAGAGCUCAUUUUCCACCUACCCAUUGCUUGAUUUGUUUCUAGCACAGUGUGCGUAGAAAAGGUUUACUUUGUUCAUAAGGGUCUGAGUUGUACUGGACGGUUUUAUAAGCGGUGAUGCUCUUUUGAAAUAUCGGCGGGUGUUAAAGGACCUACAUACAGCUUGUCCAUGUGUGUCAAGGGAUACAUGACCUUAAGAGGUGUGCUUUCUCCUGGGACAGGGACAAGGGGAGGUGUGUGUGCUGCCAUAUAUACUCAGUGGAGUAUGUACUCAGCCACCUGGAACCUGGGUGAGCUGUGAAAGCUUUCUGAAAUUGCUUUCGUUGUUGAAAGGAAGAAACCCUAAGCUAGAGGAGCUGUUUUAAGAGUGAGGUAUAGGCACACGCAUGCGCGCACACACGCACGUACACAUCAGUCUUAGAGCCUGUACUUCCGGUGGAAGUGGUCAGAGCACUGAUUGAUGGGACCGCCCAGCUGAUGAGGGAGAGUGAAUUGAGAGCUGAGACACUCAGUCUUCAAAAUGUUCUCACCUGUAGUUGCCUCCAGACCGCUGGAAACCUGGGGGUUUCUUCCUUUCUGCAGUGAUAGCGGCCUCGGAAAGAGCUUCCACACUCACCCCGACUCUGGGUGGCUGAGUAUGCAUGCCACCGCAGCACCCACACCUCCCGUUGUUCCUGGCCACUUUCAAAGAGCAAAUCCCCUACCGGGAAGUGAGAAGGGCUGUGACUCAGACAGACCAAUAGUGGACCGCCCAGAGUUCUGUAGGACCCGAGCACAGGGGACCCAGGGCCGCUGGGAGAGGGGAGGAGGACUCGGGCAGGCCUGUGUCACCCACAGGUCCGGCUCUCGUGAGGUGCUGGGUUGCUAGGAAAGGUGGCUCUGAGAGGCGAGGCACGGUUAGGGUUAGAGUGAAGCUCAAGGCCUAGCUUGCGGUUUGGCCCUGGCCUUGGGGGGAGUCGGGAGGCCUGUCUCCCUGCCGCCUGGAGGCGUUGUCAGUGAUGUGUCACUAGGACUGGUUCACUGUAGGACAUUUGGAAGUUAGAAUGUAAGGAAACAGAAACAAACUCAUCAUCGUCCUUUCACGCAGCCUCCUAGCACGUUGACGCUUCCUUUCUAUACCUUGAGAUCAUACCCUCUGGACUAGUUAAUAUGCUGUAUUUUCAUUUUAACAGUAGAAUAAGCGUACCUUUUUAAAUAAAGCUUUGUAAAGACCA